AUGGCCGAAGCCCCUGUUCUCACGUCCACUACCCUCACGGCUCUCCCAAAGAUUGCAGAGGGUAAGGUUCGAGACUUAUUCGAGGUUGACUCGAAGACUCUCUUGUUUGUCGCGUCCGAUCGUAUCUCUGCUUACGAUGUCAUCAUGCAGAAUGGCGUUCCGUCUAAAGGACCUCUCCUCAACCUCCUCUCUACCCAUUGGUUCCAUAUCUUAUCUACCAUCAUACCUGGUCUGCGAACUCACUUCAUAACCCUCGACCUCCCAACCUCUGUACCCGAAGCUCAACGCGCUCUCUUGAAAAACCGCUCAAUGCAAGUGCGUCGUCUUAAGAUCUUCCCUAUCGAAGCAAUUGUUCGGGGCUACAUCACUGGCAGUGCCUGGAAAGAAUAUCAGCGUACUGGUACUGUACACACAAUACCAAUUGCUGCCGGUCUGAAGAAUGCAGAGGCGUUCCCGCAAGGUGCCAUUUACACCCCGAGUACAAAGGCCGAAGCAGGACAAAAUGACGAGAACAUUUCCCCAGCCCAAGCUGCCGAAAUAGUUGGAGAGAAAUACGCAAAGAGAAUCGAGGAGCUUGCUCUUAAGCUUUACACAGCCGCUCGAGAUUAUGCUAUCUCACGGGGAAUUAUUAUUGCAGACACCAAAUUCGAGUUUGGUCUCGAUGAGGAGACGGAUGAGAUUGUUCUUGUCGACGAGGUAUUGACCCCAGACUCCAGUCGUUUCUGGCCUGCAGAUAAGUACGAAAUUGGCCGCGAGCAAGACAGUUACGACAAGCAGUACCUUCGCGACUGGCUUACCAGCAAUGGAUUGAAGGGAAAACAAGAUGUUGCUAUGCCCGAGGAUGUGGUUGCUAAGACUGCCGAGAAGUAUCGCGAGGCUUUUGAGAAAUUGACCGGUAAGAAGUGGCUAGAUGCUAUCAGUUAG